GGAAUCGAGGAUGAACGGCGGCGGCGAGGGAGCGCGUUCGACCGUUGCAGUGAGCGAGUCCGCCUUGCCAAGGAGAAAGGCGUGUAUCGUGCUCCGAGUCUGGAUGCCACUGUUCAGAAGAAACCCGGCGAGAGUGAUGAGAGCACAGCCACGUCACAGAAACAGCCGAAGAGAGCCGCUCACGUUCAGUGGAGUACCCAAAAUCCAAGCGUGGCUCAAGUAGACGAAACGACGACAACUCCACGACCUCUGGAAUGGGCUACGGGGAAGCCAAUUCAAUCAGAGUCAGUCGAUGAGUCAAGAGGGUCAAGAGGGCAAAGCCCAUCUAGAGCUUCACAGCAAAGACGCCGAUCGGACACCUCGCGAAAGGAGCGUGCCUCCUUGGGGGCAUCCCCCCAGCCUUCAACGAGUCAAACUUCAGCACAGGCGCCGAUAGCCUUGAGCGACAUGCCGUCAACGUCCAAAGCUGUGCGAUCGGAACGACGCUCAUCACGAGGCGAUCGACGUGAGAGUUCGUCACCGAGUCCAAAUCGACUCACCUCAGAGAGAACAAGCCGUCGGACGCGAUAUUCUGAACCAAACGCUGAACUUAGCAACAAGGAAACGAAAUCCAAGGCCGCCAUUGCAGAAAUUCAAAAGUUACGAGGCAGACGAUCCAAAUGCCCAUACCUCCACUACUUAGCCAGGAUUCGGCAAGGCGAACGUCCCUCAGCAGUGAUGAUCGAGGUGUGCCCAGGACAAAUCGACGUACCGAUUCAACGCAGUCUACAGGAAGACCGUAUUCACACAUCAAAAAAGUCUCAAUCACUGCAAUACAGCUUUGAUCAACAAUCAACAGGUAUGAAGGGAUGUGCACAAGAAGGAGGCAAAGAUCGCGAAAUGGGUACUCUGCAUGUGCGAUGA